ACUAAUUUUAUAAAAGGAGUAAAAGUUUUAUAAAAAAACACAAUUGUAUCGUCCUUCCUUCCUCGUCUCUGACUCCUUCUCAAUUGAAGAAGAUGCGAUUUCGUUCGCCGUCGCCACCGUCUUGAGCUGGCCGUCUAAGUCUGUCGGAGAGGUUGAAAUCGUCGUCCCAUCUCUCCGUCGUCCUCCUUCUUUCAUCGUCACAUCUCUUCGUCUAACCUCUGUUAUCUCCGCCGUCGUCACAUCUCUUCGUCCUUCCUUCCUCGUCACUUCUCUUCGUCUUUCCUUUGAAAUCGUCGUCACGAUUAGAUUCACAUUGUUCUACUUUUGCUCUUGCUUCAUCUCGGUUCCCAAAAAUUGAAGGAAUGGCUUAUCAGUUUCCAAAACGCAUUCUUGAAGAAGGAGCUGAGACUCAGAUUGAUAAGAUUAACAACACCUGUAGACGUACGAUUCUUGAAACGGUGAAGGGUGUUCUCAAGGAUGAGUAUGAAGAAGUAUUGAAAGACCCGGUCUUCGGUCCGAUUCUGGCAAUCGUAGAAAAUAAGCUCAUUUACUCCGGGAAGAUUAUUCACAGCUUCAUAUGCAAGCAGCUCAAGGUUUCCAAGCUCCACGAGUUGUGGUUUCUGUUCGCAAAGCGGCCUCUCAGGUUUUCUAUGCAAGAAUUUCAUGCCGUGACUGGUUUGAAGUUCAAAGAUGAACCGGAGAUAGACUUCAUUAACUGGAAGGAUGAUAAGGGGUUCUGGAGCCUCGUGCUGAAGCAAAAUAGAAAGAUUAACUUAUUCAGUGUAAGGGAUGAGCUUCUGAAAGAGUGUAAGGAGUGGACUUAUGUGGACAGGGUGAGGCUAGUAUAUCUGUGUAUUAUACAUGGAUUCAUCAUGGCUAAGGAUUGGAAAGUGUCUAUCCCUCAAGAAUACAUCCGUUUGGUGAUGGAUUUUGAGAAGUUGAGGAUGUAUCCUUGGGGUCUUCGCGCGUAUGAUGAGCUGCUUGCAUCAAUAUUCAGAGCAAGGGAAGAUUUGCAUCUGAAGAACAGUUACGUGUUGGAUGGAUUCUCAUAUGCGUUUCAGAUAUGGAUUAUGGAGGCAGUCCCAGACAUUGGUACUAUGGUGGGUAAAAAGAUUAAAAAAAACAUCACCAAAGCGAGAUGUAGAAAUUGGAAAGGAAGUGGAAAAGUAUCCUACCAAGAUAUCAGUAGCUUAGAGUCACACUUCGAUAAGGGAGAGCUGUUUCCCUUUAUAUCUAAUACUGGGAACAAUGAUGUGGUUGAUGAUGCUGUGUUCAUUAGGGAAGAUGAGAAAAAGGAUGAAAGAGUUGGUCGUAUUGUUGCUCUGAUGAAUGCCAAACAAGACUGGAACCAAUUCGCUUGGGAAGUUGAGGCUUUGCCUCGAAAUGUGGAGCUUUCUGAUUCAGAAGAAGAUGUUGAAGUCGAAGAUGUCACAGAGGAACCGUCUGUUAUUGCAGAGGAACCGACUGUUGUUGCAGAGGAACCAAUUGUUGUUACGAAAAGGGGCAAGCGCAAGCUUAUUGAUCCAGGUGUCGAGUCUCGAAAGAAACAACUGCUUUGUCAACGGGCGGCUGAGCAUAACAGUGGUGUCUCCGGUGAUCUGAAGACCUUCAUUGAAGGUUUGUUCACCUCUUCUUUCAACUCUUUAAAGGAGCUGGUGCAAAAGGACAUUCAAGAGCGUUUUGACAAGGUCCAUAAUGAGAUGGCUAAACUCAAGGAAACGAUGUCUCAAGUUACGGGUCCUUCACAUACAGAGGGGAAAACCAGAGCAUCUGAGAUUUUGGGUCCUUCACAAUCAGGAGGGAAAGACCAAGACAAAUCAUCACAGAGUCCGGGUCCUUCAGCAGCAAAGGGAAAAGCCAAUGGCAAGGCAGCUGAGAGUUUGCCUCCUCCUGCGGUUCAUCGUAGCCCUAGGCCAGUAAGAAAGGAUGUUCAAAAUUCUGAAGACGACAUGAUGGAUUUUUUGAAGAAUUUGUCACAAUCAUCAAACAUCAAAGUAGAAAUGGAGACCCAAGAGUACUUACAAGAUGCCAUGGGAAACCUUUCUCAAUCAUCAUAUGUUAAAGGUUUCGAUCCAUCACAAAAACUCAAUGGCGAAGAACCAGCUGAAUGCGUUACUCCACUGACUUCAUUUAAGCCUGCGGAUUGGAGACCACCUACUCUCAAAGAUAUCGACUUACAUGAGGAUCGGGUGAACGAUAGCGAUUACUCACUAGUGUUUGUCCCUGAGGAUUCAUGGGCCAAACUGAUUAAGUGGUCCUCAACUUCCAUGUAA